AUGGUGGCCCCGAGCGAGCUCCAGUUGCCAGGCAGGCUGCUCUUGAACGCCGCGGGCUACAGCACGGGGGGGGAAGGGUGUGACGCAAGGCUGAAAGGUGUCGACCGCCUAGUUUGCUCAGCCGCCCUGCAGGUCUGGCGCCUGCUGAUGAACCUCACCUUCGGCGCCAAGCUGCGAAGCUUCGCCCCUCAGGAGGCGCUCCUGCAGCACGUGUCUUCCUUGGCCUCCUUGUCUCUGGAGGUCUCCGACUCGUUGGAAAUCUUCCCCAGGGCCGGGGAAUUGUCGCGGCUCUUCGGCCGAAGCCUGAGGUGGGCGCAGAAAGAUCUGGAAGACGCUGUGCUGAAGUUGAGGUCUUUGCUCAUGCGGGCUCUUGGCUUAGCACCCCAGAGGCCCAGAGGAACAGGUGAGAAAGCAGCCAGCGCUGGAAUGCCUGCCGGAGCCUCAGGCUCGGGAGAGCGGAUGCAGCAGAUGCCCAAGCGGAGUAUUCCACGGGUUGCCGGGAUUGCUUGCAGCGCCGUCUCGUGGCUUCACGACACGUGGCUCAACUUGUGCGCCGUAGCUAUUGUGGCUGCGGGCGGCUGGUUGGCACAUCAGCGGCUGAGCAUGCUGAAUGCACGAAGCCCGCCCUUUCUCAGCACCGCGCCGGCCCUGCCACGGCACGCCUCGUCCUCAAGCACCGCGCCGCCAACGCCAGGUUCGCCACCUGGAGCGGGACCUGGGCUUUGGAGCGUGAGCUGCGUUGCAGCGGCCGCACUCUGCGCCAGACAUGGGCGAGGCGUGCCGUCGAGACGGCGGCUUGCGAAGCACGUCGCCAAGGCCAAGGCCAAGGAUCGUGAGACCGAAGUUGUGAAGCCGACCUUCGACUUCGCUUACUGGGCCGAGCAUGUGGAUGAGGUGCAGGCAAAUGCCGAGAACCGCAAGUUCAAAUGUGAUGUGGCGGAGAUCGCCAGGGUCUACCAGGAGCAUCGGGGGUCCGCCUUUGAGCUGCAGCAGCUCGCCAAGAAGCGGAACGAGCAUGCAAAGUCGAUGAAGGGCAAGAUGGAGCCUGAGCAAAGACAGGCCCUGAUAGCGGAAGGCAAGAAGAUCAAGGAGGAGAUCGGCUCCUUGGAAGCGCAAGUGGACGAGCUGAAUCAAAAGAUGAGCCACCUCGCGCUGAGUGUACCCAACUUGACGCAUCCCGACACCCCGAUUGGCGACGAGGAGAAUGCUACAGUCCUGCGCAUCAACGGCGAGCCGAGAAGCUCCGAAAGCGCGGGCUUCAAGCUGCGAGACCAUUUGGAGAUAGGAGAAAUGCUCGAUCUCUUUGACUUCGAGUCUGGCGCAAAGGUCAGCGGUCAGAAGUUCCUGUACUUGAAGAACGGCGCGGCACUCUUGGAGUUGGCACUGGUCCAGUGGGCCGCCCACGAGGCCGUGAAGCGCGGCUUCGAACCCUUCAUCCCGCCGGAUCUGGUGAGGGCUCCCGUGGUCGCUGGCUGCGGGUUCGCGCCGCGAGACGGUGAGGCCACGCAGAUCUACGAAGUGAGCGACUCGGAUCUUUGCCUGGCGGGCACGGCGGAGAUCCCGAUGGCAGGCAUGUUCAUGAACGAGACGCUGAUCGCCUCCAAGGAGCUUCCCAAGCGGCUGGUGGCCUUUGGCCACGCCUUCCGCACCGAGGCGGGGUCCUCCGGCUCCGAGAACCGCGGCAUCUACCGGUUGCAUCAGUUCAGCAAGGUGGAGCUGUUCGUUGUCACGCGGAGCGACGUGGAGGAGUCCAACAAGAUGCUGGAAGAGAUCCGGCAGUUUGAGGAAGACCUCUUCACGGAGCUCGGGCUUUGCUUCCGAGUCCUGGACAUGCCCACCGAAGAACUUGGAGCCCCUGCAUACCGGAAGUUCGACAUGGAGGCGUGGAUGCCGGGCCUGGAGAAGUGGGGUGAGAUCUCCUCGUGCUCCAAUUGCACCGACUUCCAGGCCAGACGCUUGAAUGUUCGGCACAAGGAGGAGUACAAUCAGAAGGGCAACCUGCAGUUUGCGCACACCUUGAACGGCACGGCGUGCGCCGUUCCGCGCAUGAUCAUCUCCAUCUUGGAAACCUUCCAGAACGAGGACGGCUCGGUGACCAUUCCGAAGGUUCUGCGGCCGUACAUGAUGGGCAUGGAGGUGCUGAAGCCGAAGUGA